AUGUUGGACCCGUCAGUCGUCGAUGCUUACGGCACUCAAACAAAGACGACCGACUUGACGCUUCCAUCAUCGUACACUACACCGUUCCAGACGGAGCCGGAGACUGUGGAGCCACCUUGUCCGCCAAGCUCAGAAUCCCAACCGCCACCUAGUCCACCGACCUUGGACACCGAAUCGCCUAUGAAACCUCCAGUGGGCGCGAGUUCUCCACCGCCAACGCAUCCGAAGACUGUACAGCCGGAGACUGUGGAGCAACCUUCUCCACCAAGCUCAGAAUCUCAACCGCCACCUUGUCCACCAAGCUCAGAAUCCCAACCGCCACCUAGUCCACCGACCUUGGACACCCAAUCGCCUAUGAAACCUCCAGUGGGCGCGAGUUCUCCACCGCCAACGCAUCCGAAGACUGUACAGCCGGAGACUGUGGAGCAACCUUCUCCACCAAGCUCAGAAUCUCAACCGCCACCUUGUCCACCAAGCUCAGAACCCCAACCGCCACCUAGUCCACCGACCUUGGACACCGAAUCGCCUAUGAAACCUCCAGUGGGCGCGAGUUCUCCACCGCCAACGCAUCCGAAGACUGAGGAGCCGGAGACUGAGGAGCCGGAACUGAGGAGCCGGAGACUUCCACCGACCUUGGACACCCAAUCGCCUAUGAAACCUCCAGUGGGCGCGAGUUCUCCACCGCCAACGCAUCCGAAGACUGUACAGCCGGAGACUGUGGAGCAACCUUCUCCACCAAGCUCAGAAUCUCAACCGCCACCUUGUCCACCAAGCUCAGAACCCCAACCGCCACCUAGUCCACCGACCUUGGACACCGAAUCGCCUAUGAAACCUCCAGUGGGCGCGAGUUCUCCACCGCCAACGCAUCCGAAGACUGAGGAGCCGGAGACUGAGGAGCCGGAGACUGAGGAGCCGGAGACUGUGGAGUCACCUUCUCCACCAAGCUCAGAAUCUCAACCGCCACCUUGUCCACCAAGCUCAGAACCCCAACCGCCACCUAGUCCACCGACCUUGGACACCCAAUCGCCUAUGAAACCUCCAGUGGGCGCGAGUUCUCCACCGCCAACGCAUCCGAAGACUGUACAGCCGGAGACUGUGGAGCAACCUUCUCCACCAAGCUCAGAAUCUCAACCGCCACCUUGUCCACCAAGCUCAGAACCCCAACCGCCACCUAGUCCACCGACCUUGGACACCGAAUCGCCUAUGAAACCUCCAGUGGGCGCGAGUUCUCCACCGCCAACGCAUCCGAAGACUGAGGAGCCGGAGACUGAGGAGCCGGAGACUGAGGAGCCGGAGACUGUGGAGUCACCUUCUCCACCAAGCUCAGAAUCUCAACCGCCACCUUGUCCACCAAGCUCAGAACCCCAACCGCCACCUAGUCCACCGACCUUGGACACCCAAUUGCCUAUGAAACCUCCACCAGAAUCUCAACCGCCACCUUGUCCACCAAGCUCAGAACCCCAACCGCCACCUAGUCCACCGACCUUGGACACCGAAUCGCCUAUGAAACCUCCAGUGGGCGCGAGUUCUCCACCGCCAACGCAUCCGAAGACUGAGGAGCCGGAGACUGAGGAGCCGGAGACUGAGGAGCCGGAGACUGUGGAGUCACCUUCUCCACCAAGCUCAGAAUCUCAACCGCCACCUUGUCCACCAAGCUCAGAACCCCAACCGCCACCUAGUCCACCGACCUUGGACACCCAAUUGCCUAUGAAACCUCCAGUGGGCGCGAGUUCUCCACCGCCAACGCACCCGAAGACUGUACAGCCGGAGACUGUGGAGCAACCUUCUCCACCAAGCUCAGAAUCUCAACCGCCACCUUCUCCACCAAGCUCAGAACCCCAACCGCCACCUAGUCCACCGACCUCGGACACCCAAUCGCUAUUGUACCCGGACUUAAAGAAUUCGAUGGCCCCGGGGCCCCCCCUAACCGCUGCUCCAUUGUCGCCGCCACCGCUUGAAUUCGUGUACACUUGA